AACGUCCGCCUAGAAUUGGCUAGGUCGUGUGGAAGGCAGCAGCGCGUCUGUAUUUUACUCUAUUUUGUGGUAUUUUGGUGGUUUUUGUUUAAUUCGAAACGAUUUUUGUCAUCUCGAGUGCGGUGUGCCUGUAAUGAAACAAAAUGAAGUUGAGCGGUGCGGAAAAAAGGGAACUCGACAAGUUCUCGAAAUUUUUGGCUUUAAAGUCGACGCAAAUCAUCGUGCAAUCGCGUAUGGGCGAAAAAUAUUCAACACCGUGUAAACCUACGUCAGGUGGACAAGACUGGUUUAACCUGAAUGUCAAAGACAGCAUAGAGAUAACAGAUGAGGCUAAAAAAACGAUAAAUCAAGACUUUUACGCAGCCCGUCUGCCCAUGUCCGUGGAAAUAUCGCUCACGACCCCCGAAGGUGACAAAAUGAUAUUGGAAUCGUGGUGCCUUGGUUUAUUGCCUGAACAAUCCGAUUAUACAUCAAGAAUCAUACCGACUGUCUACAAUCGUAUGGGAAUGUUAUUGAAAUCUUUACUGUCAGUUACAAGAGUGUUGCCUGCAUAUAAACUCUCUCAAAGGGCUUCGCCUGAUUCCUACAUGAUUUAUUAUCGCUUGUAUUUUGGCGAGCCAGAGACUCACAGUUUGGGUGAGGGUUUUAAAAGUGUUCGUGUGGGACAGUUGUGCACGCCAAUUGGCACUUUGUUUUUAUCAGUGUCAUAUCGUACGAAAAUGACAAUUUCACCAACACACACUGGUAAAGACAAUUCGAUCAUGCUGAAAAGUGACCAUUUCAACACAAAUUUGAGCCCCAAGAGCCUUCGCUACAAGCAAAAGUGAGUACAUUUUUUGUCUUAUUAGAUUUGUUCAAUAAAAUUAUGUAAUUUUAACGUUCAGGGUCAUAUUAAAUUAUAUGUGUUCAAUAAUGUUGAAUAAUUAAUGGAUAAGUUGUUUUUUUGCAUUUUUACAUUGUAUUUUAUUUAACUGGCGCCAUUUAAUAAUAAACAUUAAGUAAAAAACAGCUGAACAUCUUUGACAGCUAAUCAAUGAUUUAUAUUGGUUCAUG